UAGAGGCCCUCACAUUGGGCGUCUCGCCGUUUGCUUGUUCAUCCCUGUGUGCGUGCUCUGAAUCAGUGGACCCCAGUUUUUUUUUCCUGCAGAAGAGUUUCUUGUCCAAGGAGCUGCAAGCUUCCCAGGGUGCGAAGGCGAGGCACCGCGGCUGCUGCGAUGGCCGGCUGGCGGAGGCUGGUCGUGGCGGCGCUCCUGCAGCUGGCCUGUUCACGCGCCCUUCCUACAGAGAGCAAUUGCUAUGAAGAAGGGAUGCUAUCACAAGGAAGUGGAUAUUUCUACUGUUCAGAGCCACGUCUGAACUUCAAUGACACUUCAAAGAACCUGAUAAUGGACUUUCGCAACAAAAACAAAAACAAUGUAUUCGGUCUCUCACUCAACAGAACAGCCGAUGCCUUCCACAUCAUUACUAUGAAAGAUAGUGAAACAAUUAACAGCACAAAAUUUGAUCUACGAAACUCUUCAAGUGAACUUCCAUCUAAACAUCGACCGCUCAAGUGUGCUCGCAAAGACUCACGGAACAUGGCGGAAGCUGGACAUUCCGGAGACAAACCAGAUCUUCUCCUUGUACAUUCGAAGUUCCAAUCCUCCUUUCUGCAUCACUUGCAACGGAGAAGACAUCUGGCAAAACGAGCGAGACACUUCUCAGAGCACUGAGCAAGGCGACGCUCAAUCCACCCAGAGCACUGAGCAAGGCGACGCUCAAUCCACCCAGAGCACUGAGCAAGGCGACGCUCAAUCCACCCAGAGCACUGAACAAGGCGACGCUCAAUCCACCCAGAGCACUGAGCAAGGCGACGCUCAAUCCACCCAGAGCACUGAGCAAGGCGACGCUCAAUCCACCCAGAGCACUGAACAAGGCGACGCUCAAUCCACCCAGAGCACUGAACAAGGCGACGCUCAAUCCACCCAGAGCACUGAACAAGGCAUGAAACAAUCCCCUGAGGCCACGGAACAAAGCGAGACAGGAAAAUUGUGGCCGCUGUGUUUCAUCCUGCUGCCAAUACUGGGCCUCCUGCUGUACAAACGGAAGUACCUUUGUGGAAAGAUGCAGCUGCUCAGGACCUGUUGCCACAAGACUAACGAAGCCGCGACGGAAAGUGAGCAAGAAAUGUCCGGAUACUUUCACCAAGCUCGGAGAGAAGAAACUGGAACAGUGCAUGUUAAGGCCGAGUUUGAAGCGGGUCAGAUCGUAAGGGAGGAAUUUGAAACAGAAAAUGACAUUUACAUUUCGGCUGAUCACUUUCAACGAAGUGAAGCGGGUCAGAUCGUAAGGGAGGAAUUUGAAACAGAAAAUGACAUUUACAUUUCAGCUGAUAAUUUUCAACGAGGUGAAGCCGAAGAAUACGAAACAGUGAAUGACAUUUACGUUUCUGCUGAUGUUCACCAUUUCGGAAGCGAAGAAUAUGAAACAGUGAACGAUAUACAUGUUAGCAAUGAUUGUUAGUAUGGUAGUAGAGGGCGUUAAACAUGAUGAUACUGACAAGCUCAUGCCCGUGUUCAGAUUUAUCAUUUUACGACGGAUAAAACCUGUACUAUCAUUCGUAUUGUGUUUAAUAUUUCUGGACUUUGGCGUAACAGAAGCAGGAUGUGUGAUAAGAAUUUCUUCUCACAUUAAUCAUCAUAAUGUGAUAAGGACACAGCGAUUAGGGUCUCACUGAAACACGAUAGCUUUACGUGUACAGUUUCUGAAUCAUAUUUCAAUACACUUGUUGAGUCCCACUUUUGUACAUCUGGCAACCAUUUCGAAGUAAACAUAGCGUAAAUAGUAUCCUUAUGAAUGAGGCGAAAACCCUCGGUUGUCUGUAACAGAGAGUGUGAUUGGUAGAAAGUAAUAACCAGCAAGUGUAUUAAUAUCCAUUUUGGGUUCUAUGUAAAGCGUUCGAUUUUUCUUUUCGUUUUCUUCAAAUAGCCGAUAGCAAGUGCAGUAUUAGUUAUUCUUGACUUUGUGGUGGAUAUUUUUUCAAUGGAAUUGUUUAUUGCUCGAAAUGGCAACACCUAUGGAGAUGAGGCGGCCUUUCCCCCUUCUUUAAACAGAACGAUUGUCCAUUAUAGAUGCACAUUUCUUAAAAAUGAAAACGCUUCAUGCUUUAAAUAUACAUGAAAAUAAAAUAAUUAAAAUUUGAAUAUUUGCAAACAUGUUGAGACAUUUGUAACUACUCAUAGCGUAUAUAUGUGUGUGUAUUUAUACAUAUGUGCGUAUUAUGCGUACGUUCAUCAUACGCAUCGGAUUCAAAUCACAUGUCUAUGGUAGGUGUAUCACGCGUUGUUUGGGACAUCUAUGUUUGUCCUUUGUAUAUGCUUUGUAGUCAUGAGUGCUCUUUGUCAGAGAGCUUCCAUGAAAUGAAAAGUAAAUAAAAAUGACAAGAAAGUAAAAUCGGGAAAGAAAUAGACCAGGGGGUCCUGAAUAUAACCAAUAUGAUUCUCUUUAUCUUUAUCUUUAUCUUUACAUCAGUUCACAAGUCACUGGUGUUAUCCACUGACACAGCGUAGCCACUAUAAACAUCGGUGAAUAAGAUACACAUUAAAAAAAGGCGACAGUGGUAUAUCCUUGUGAGCCCCGGCUUGCUCUGUCUCCGUUGUGGCAAUUGACGUUUAUAUUAAAGAUAAAUAAAUGAAAAAUAAUGAUAAACGCUUGUUUUCCUUUGCACACUUUCUUGUACAUCGUUCUUGAUUGUUUAAAAUAACUUAUAAGGAAGCUGUUGAGUUCAGCGUAUGUGUUUCUGUGUCUCAUGAUGUGCUGUUGCUUUGCCUCGUCAUUUUUAAUCAACUGCCUGCAGUUGCUCGGAUGUUUGUAUGUCAAAUAAGCAUCAUAAAUGUAUUUCCAGUUGUCAAAACAAAAUAACAGGUAUUUAUUUCUUCUUUUACUAUUCAUGGUGGUUAUAGGAGGCAGAACAACUGUCUCCUUGAAAGCUUGAAGUUGUGUUUUACCUUUCGAUAUGUUCACGAAUUGGACGUCAAUAAAACCAUGAAAGUCUUUUAAGUUAUAGCUCCAAGUCUGCGAAUAAAGAAAGUGUUAGGGACAAGCUUUGUAACAAAAAAGGAUAAGAAAUCGAAUUGU